AUGGCCAUACACUGGUCACUCGAUCGAUUAGAGGUUAUCUUGCCAUCCAGCAUCUAUGCAGACAUGGAGAGAGCGUCCUGUAAUCCGGACGUGCCCAUCGCAGCCGGCGGUGACUAUCCCAUCAUUCAUGGUGAGACUGGACGUAUGUUGGCUGGCGUGCCGUACAAGAAAGGGCUACGAGUACCGCGGAGCAAAAUGCGAGCUCUUUGUGCUGGAGGCAUAGAAGUCCAGUAUGGUAGGACUCUCAUUGAUAUGGCUUUCAACGAGAGCGGCAACGGGGUCACAGCGUUUUUUGACGAUGGCAGCUCAGUGCACGGCUCCAUGCUGGUAGGUACUGACGGUCCGAGAUCUCGAGUGCGCGAGUUCGCCAUGGGGUCUGUCGAAGCUGCCGCGGUCGAAGCGUUUCCGAUCUGGCAUCAUAACUUGACCGUCUGUUAUCGGGAUGCAGACAAAGCACGAUAUCUUCGUCAGCGCUUCCCAACAUCUUAUUUGGCGCUAAGCGAUCGCUCGUUCCAUGCUUUUCAGUCCAGUGAGCAGAUGAGCGAAAGCCCUGUGACGAGCGACUACUAA